AUGUCACUUAGUACCACAUUACCACGACGAUGGAUUUAUAUAUUACGAGCUUGGAAAUCACAUCUGGCCUCAGUGCACACGGCUAACAGACUUGCAUCAAAGCCAAGUUUUCUGGAACGUCUGAAGACGUCAAUUUUUCGUGUCGACGAUAAAACAAAAUCUCUCAAUCAAUCCAGCGACAAUUCCACAUGGAUUCAGGCAAUCGCCGAAGCGGAGAAUCUCGUAAACCACAAGGGGGGAUCACACAUCGAUCCUGCACAAUUAGUAGGAAAAGAUCUGACAGAUCUAACAAAGAAUAUAAAGCAACUACUCGGCAGUAAGCAUCCAAUGUUAAACACCGUCAAUAAAUAUUAUUUCAAUGCACAAGGAAAACACAUCCGUCCUUUGAUCGUGCUGUUAAUGUCUCAAGCGACAAGUAUAGCCCCAAAACACCAUAACAUAACUUUGGCGGACACGUAUCAAAUUAUAGACAUUUCUCUCACCCCACAGCUUUCAUUGAACGAGGGUAUGGCAGGCGUUGACAGGGACACGCCAGCACGUUAUCUCCCAACCUUUUCGACCGACAACACUUUCAUCCUCCCCACCCAGCGUCGGCUAGCCGAAAUAACUGAAAUGAUUCAUACCGCAUCGCUUUUCCAUGACGAUGUGAUAGAUAUCUCAGAUUCGCGAAGAAAUCAACCAUCGGCUAACGUAUGCUUUGGAAAUAAAAUGGCAAUACUUGCGGGUGAUUUUCUUCUUGCUCGGGCGUCAGUCGCGCUGGCCAGAUUGCGAAAUCCGGAAGUAAUUGAAUUGCUUGCUACGGUUAUUGCAAAUUUGGUAGAAGGAGAGUUUAUGCAAUUGAAAAGUACCCAGACAGACAAGACAAUAUUUGAACGUUAUAUAGAGAAGACUUAUAUGAAGACUGCAAGCUUGAUCGCAAAGAGUUGUCGAGCUUCAUCAGUGUUAGGCGGGUGUACCGAAGAAGUAGCUGAUAUCGCAUAUAAUUAUGGGAAAAAUUUGGGGCUAGCUUUUCAGCUGGUUGACGACAUGUUGGAUUUUAUGGUCAGUCAAACUGAACUGGGAAAACCUGUUGGGGCUGAUCUCAAGCUUGGCCUUGCUACAGCUCCAGUGUUGUAUGCUUGGGAGCAAUUCCCUGAGCUUGGUCCACUGAUUGAAAGAAAAUUUUCAAAAGAAAAAGACGUUGAAAGGACUCGAGAACUUGUUUACAAAAGUCAGGGACUUGAACGGACUAAGCUUCUAGCUGCAUCUCAUUGCCGGAAGGCUGCAGAGGCGGUCCUACAGUUGCCCGAGUCCGAUGCAAGAAACGCACUGAUACAACUCACAGAGAAAGUAUUGACGCGAAGAAAAUGA